CCGCCCUCUGCCGAUCAUAUCAUAGUCAUAAUUCAUAAAAAAGAUUCUGGAGAUUCUUUCAUUUCUUUCUGUUUCCUCUCCAGAUACCGUAAAAAAACAAAACAAUGGAUGAAAGAGCAGAGAUUGAUCGAUUACCAAUUGACCUGUUAGCUCAUAUAUUUGUUCUUAUAAAUUCUUUCACUGAUUUAGCCCAGGCCAGCAGUGUGUGCAGGGUAUGGAAAGAAGGGGUGAAGCUGUCUCUGGCAAGGAGAAAUUCUUUGAGCUUUGCAGGGUUGAAAAUGGAUGAUAAUUCCACUGCCCGUCUUGUACGCUAUGCUUACAGCCUUAAAGAACUUGAUAUUUCAAGGAGCCGUUGGGGUUGCCAGAUAACUGACAAUGGACUGUGUGAAAUAUCUUUGGCAAAAUGCAUUGGCAAUCUAACAUCAAUAUCUUUAUGGGGGAUGACCUUAAUCACAGACAAUGGUGUUGUUCAAUUGAUAUCAAGAGCUAAUUCCUUGCAACACCUGAACGUUGGCGGGACAUUUAUUACCGAUGAGUCUUUAUUUGCUGUUGCAAAUAGUUGUCCAAAUUUAAAGACCAUUGGCCUAUGGAGCUGUCGUCAUGUAACAGAGAUUGGGCUUCUUAAUCUUGUCGGUAAAUGUCGAAAACUGGAAUCGAUUAAUGCAUGGGGAACCAGAGUACCUGCAGACUGCUUUAUUUGUUUGCUUACUAUCAGUCCAGCCCUUCAAAUAAAGCAUGGAGGAUUUCUGGAAAAUAUUGGAAGUGCAUCUAUGUUGCCUGUUGCAUGAGCUGCUCAUAUCUCUGACUUUUUUUUUUUCCAUUUUUUGUCGUCUAUGAAGUUGCUUUUCUUUGUACAGAUUGUUUCUGCUCUGUAUCUGUUAUCAUUUUAAGUUAAGGAAUCCAGUAAAUUUAGUAAGUUAAGCUGUGUAAUUCAAAUUGCAGCCAAGUACAGCAGCGUUAUAGUGAUAAUCGUGUCUGCAAAUGAUUCUGCAUUUGCCCUGUAUAGAAGACUGAUUUUUUAUUUUGUACAGUCAAAUGUUUACAUGUUUCAGGUUUUCUAAUUCAAAAUACUAUGUAAUUCCAGUUGAUUCGGUCGGUCAACAAAAUAUACACAACAUUUUAUUA